GUGUACGGCAGACACCCGUACGAGUCGUGGCCGUUCAACGCUAUGCCGGGCGCGACCCACGGCGGAAUCAAAGCUAGCGACGGCUGGUGGGACGUGCACGGGGCCGCGACCGCCGGCGGUUGGCUCGACGUGAGCAGCACCGUCGGCGUCGGCGUUCACGCCGCUCAAAUGGCCAACUACUCGGCCGACUACUCGACCAGCCUAGCCCUAGCCGGCAAUCAUCUGUUGACCACCGCGACCACCGCCGGCCACAAUCUCCUGCAAGACACGUACAAAUCGAUGUUGCCCGGCGGCCCUCCCGGUUUCGGGCUGCACCACCACGCGGCCGCGACAGCGGGCGCUGGCGCCGGUGCCGGCAGCCCGCAAGGGAGCGGCGGUGGCGUCGGCGUUGGUGUCGGCGUCGGGGCCGGUGGUGUCAGCCAAGCCCCCUCGCCGCGAUCGCAAAGACGCUACACCGGCAGAGCGACCUGUGACUGUCCAAACUGUCAAGAAGCCGAGAGGCUUGGCCCGGCCGGCGUGCAUCUCAGGAAGAAGAACAUCCAUAGCUGUCACAUACCGGGAUGCGGUAAGGUCUACGGGAAAACGUCGCAUCUGAAGGCCCACUUACGGUGGCACACUGCGGCACCUUCGAACCCACACCGGCGAAAAGAGAUUCGCCUGCCCGGUCUGCAACAAGCGGUUCAUGCGCAGCGACCAUCUCGCGAAGCACGUCAAGACCCACAGCAGCAGCAGCAGCAGCAGCGGCAGCAAGGGCAAGGGGGGAGCGGGGAGCUCGUCAGCCGAGUCCUGCUCCGACAGCGAGGACAACGGGAGUCAGCAGAGUCCCACUUCCAGCUCGGUGCCGCCGCAGCCGCAGCCGCCGCCGCCGCCGCAGCAGCAGCA